AUGGAGCUGGAGAUCAAGGAGGCUGUCUUCCAGAAGUUGCGGAUAAGGAAGCUAUGCAUUGUAGAGCCUUGUUGUUUUGAAGUGGGGAUGAUGGUUUGGUGCAAGCUUCCAAGAUAUCCCUACUGGCCAGCUGUGGUGAAAAAGGUAAAUCGGAAAGCUAAGAAAGCCAAUGUCGUCCUCAUAGAGAAAUGCAUGGAUGCCACGAAAACCAAGGGGUUCUCGACUUCCCUCCGAAACCUAAAGCACUUUGACUGCCAAGAGAAACAGGCGCUGAUAGAGAAAGCCAGGGCGAACUAUAGCCACGAACUCAACUGGUGCAUCAGCUUGAUUGCGGAUUACAGAAUUAGAGUAGGUUGCCAUUCUUUUGUGGGAUCCUUCCUGGAAUACUGUGCUGAUGAUAUGAGCUCUCCGGUCCGAAAAGAAUCCUUCCAUACUUUAUCCCAGUUGAGCUUCCCUCAAAUGGAGGUGCUGGACAGUGGGGAGCUUCUCGCCGAGAUCACCCCCCCGAAGCAAACGAAGAAGAUUCUUCCUGACCGGACGCGAGCCGCCCGAGACAGAGACAACAAGCGGAUCGUGGAGUUCAUCGUAAAAGCCAAAGGAGCCGACGAGCACCUUCGCUCCAUCUUGAAGAGCCAGAAGCAGUCGCGUUGGCUGAGGAAAUCCCUUAAGACACCCCGGUACUUGAUCCUGGAGACCUACCUGGAAGAUGAUUAUCAGCAAGACCUUGUGCUCAACUACUUAAAGAAAGUGUAUCAGAAAGUUGGAGCCAAGAAGCUGCCGGUGAAAACUAGAGACAGUGCCAAAUUUGUCCUCGAAGUACUUUUUCCAGAAGCCAUCAUUUAUGCAAUUUCUGCUGUGGAUCAGAUUGACUACAAGACAGCAGAAGAAAAAUACAUCAACGGACCUCCAGUGAGCAAAAGGGAAAGAGAAGAAUUUGAAAAAGAAAUUCAAGAGGAGAAGCGAAAUUGGGCCAAGAAAGCAAGAAGCCAUCUGUAG